CAGGUUUCUAGGUCUGUGGGCUUUUAGUCUUUGGAACCGCAUGGGCUGCAUGCGGAGCGUUCUUGCUCACGCCGCCAGCAGCGAGACUACCGAACUGCGCCUCUCCAUCUCCGCUCCCCAGACGCUGUGCGUGCGCUCUGCACUCACUGGGGAGGACUUGGGGAUGGCAACCCUGCAGCCGGAGAUGUCCAUGCAGCAGAUCAAAGAAGCCAUUGCAGAAGCCACCCAGGUGCCAACCUACCAGCAGCGCGUGCUCUUUCAGGAGCAGCAGCUGGCUGAAAGCUUGGAAAGCUUCGUGAAGGCGCUGAACGAGCAAGACGAGGUGUGUCUGACACUGGUCAAGGACGUCACCGUGACGAAUGUGGCUGGAACUCAUUUGGUGCAGUAUCCGAACUGCACCUGCACCCCGGGCCCCAACGAAGCCUGCUGGGGCUACAGGGGCACCGUGCAGGAGGUCUGCCCUCGCUGUCAGGAGAGGCUGACUGGCAAACAGAUCCGCACCACAGAUGGCUGCCGGAGGAAUGGAGAUGGCUAUGGCUUUGCGGCCUGAAUCGCAUUGGCCAAGGAGGGAGAUCGCAGACCAGGACCCGACUUCACAGGUCACCACCUGCGACCUUGAAGUCUCCAUUUCAGCCUCCAUUUCGUGGAAACUUCCUGGUAUGGGGUCUAUUGGACCUGCCAAAGCUGUGGCCUUGUACAAAAGCACGGUUGGGAUGACGCCUGAACUCUGAGGUUUCUGUUUCGCCCGCAGAUCUGCGGCCCCUGAUUUCAUCAACAUCAACCGACCCCGACUGCUGUGCCAAAGAUGCCAGUCCCAUGGAGACUUGCUCGCGUGCGACAAAGGGGUUCGACUUGUGCACCGC